CUCGGCCAGGAGGAUCAAGACCGUCGUCAAAAAAGAGAAGGUGGCCUGCUCGCCGCGCAAGGACGGUCCGCUGGGGGACGAGCCGUGCGACGAGCUGACGCUGGUCGGCCACGUGCACCAGCCGAGCGCCGACCAGCUGCUGGACGAGGCCGGCCACUACUACCUGCACGCCGGCUGUGCGCUGUGGUCGCGCGGCGUGCGCUCGCCCGACGACGGCCUCAGCCUGGAGGGCGCCGAGCGGGCCGUCAGCGCCGCCGCGGCCGUCCGCUGCAGCUUCUGCCAGAGGUUCGGCGCGUCGGUGUACUGCGCUGUCGACGAGUGCCUGGCCGUGUUCCACCUGCCGUGUGCCGCCGCCUCGGGCGCCUUCCAGAACAUGAACACCAAACAGGUGUACUGUGUCACCCACCUGAGUCGCAUUCCGGCCGACGGCGAGGAGGCCUGCAUCAACUGCGACGACUCGGGCGCGCUGGAGUCGAUGCUGUUCUGCUCGUCGUGCGGCAACCACUUCCACGCCGACUGCACCACCCCGCCUCUGCCCCUGAGUCCGAACGUGCGGGCCGGCUGGCAGUGUCCCAGCUGCAAAGUGUGUCAGCACUGCAGGCAGCCGGGCGAGGAGGGCCGCCAGCUCUGCUGCGACAGCUGCGACAAGGCCUUCCACAUCUACUGCGUCCGGCCCACGCUCGGCGCUAUACCAAAGAGCGGCUGGAAGUGCCGGUACUGCCGCGUCUGCACCGACUGCGGCUCCCGCACGCCCGGCGCCGGCAUCAGCUGCCGCUGGCACAACACGUACUCGGUGUGCGACUCGUGCUACCAGCAGCGCAACAAGGGCGUCUGCUGCCCGGUGUGCGGCCGCGCCUACCGCCACUUCGCGCAGAAGACCAUGCAGCAGUGCAGCGCCUGCCGACGGUACGUGCAUAGCACGUGCGACCCGGAGGCCGACCCGUCGGCGGUGCAGCAGCGGCGCCAGGCGGCGCCCGACUACGAGUACGUGUGCUCGGUGUGUCAGACGGGCGGCGCGCCGGCGCGCUCCGGCCGCCCGCACGACGACGGCUCGCUGGACAGCCACGGCGAUGUGCCCGCCACGCCCGGGUCGGCCCAGCCCGGCGGCGAGCCCUUCCACUUCGGGGAUGACGUGGCGCCGCGGGCCAAGGGCGGAGGCAAACCGAUGCAUCUCGUCAAGAAAAAGCUAGGUAUCAAGAGCGGCAGCGGCGGUAGGCUGGGUGUGAAGCCGGCCAAGCCGGCCAAAAUCGACGUGCUGAAGAAGAAGCGGCUGCCCGACCUGAACAGGAAGCGGCCGUACAAGGCCAAGGUUCGCGGCAUGUUCGGCGCGCCGGCCGUGUCACUCCAGCGUCCGGAGAACCCGAUGGGCCACGCAGCCGGCGGCGGCUCCUACUACAAGACCAACCCGAACGAGGACAACCAGAUGGUGCUGUGCUCGUCCAAGGACGAGUUCGUGCUGCAGCAGGACGUGUGCGUCAUGUGCGGCUCGUUCGGUCAGGACAUGGAGGGACGGGUCAUCGCCUGCUCGCAGUGCGGCCAGGCCUACCACCCGUACUGCAUCAACGUCAAGGUGUCGAAGGUGCUGCUGGAGCGCGGCUUCCGCUGCCUCGACUGCACCGUCUGCGAGGGCUGCGGCCAGAAGAACGACGAGAGCCGGCUGAUCCUGUGCGACGAGUGCGACAUCUCCUACCACACCUACUGCUUGAAGCCGCCGCUCGACUACGUGCCGCAGGGCGGCUGGAAGUGCCAGUGGUGCGCCGUGUGCGUCCACUGCGGCUCCAACAGCCCGGGCGUCGGCUGCUCCUGGCUGGACAACUACAGCAUGUGCGGACCGUGCGGCUCGCUGACCCGCUGCGCCACCUGCGAGGGCCCCUACACCGAGGGACAGCUCAUCAUCCAGUGCUCCGUUUGCCAGAGGUGGGGCCACGCGGCCGACGACUUCAUCCACAGCGAGGAGGACGCCGAGGUGUGCGCCACCAUGGGGUACAUGUGCGCGCGCUGCCGGCCGGCCGACGAGCCGCCGCCGCACAUGCAGCCGUCGGUCGACGCCAGCAUCGUGGAGCCCGACAGUCCAGAGCCUGAACAGUGGCGGCCGUCCAAACACUUCUUCGUGCUGGAGGGCGUGUGUGUCUCGGACACGGGCUGCAAGGUCAUCCAGGGGCUCACCAUUGAGCCUGCCAAGAAGAAGAAGAAGCGCGUCGACUGUAAGAGCGACGGCGGAAUAUCGGCCGCCAUUGAUAGCGUGCUGGGCAAUACGUCGAUCGAGGAGUCUGAGGAGGCCGACGGGCCGGCCGAGUCGGCGGCGCCGUCCUGCUUCAAGGACGGCAUGGUGCUGCCGGCGCGCGAGGACGGCGCGCCGCCGGAGCCGCCCGACGGCUUCAGCAUCUCCCGGCUCGAGUCGGGCGACUACGUCAUCCGCAAGAAGCGCACGCGCAACAUGCAGAAGAUCGGCGUCGGCGGGUUCUACGUGAAGGCGCGCGGGCCCAAGAUCCUGAACAUGAAGGACGAGGAGGAGCGCCAGGAGGCGGCGCAGGCGGCGGCGGCGGCGGCGCUGGCGGCUGCCACGGCGACGGCCGAGGGCGGCGCGGCGCCGCUGACGCCGGGCGCGCCUGUGACGCCCACGGACGACAGCCACACACCGGUCUCGGCCGGCGACACAUCCGCCACGCACUUCGCCGUGCCCGGCGACAAGCCCAAGAAGAAGGCCGUGCGCAGGAACAAGAAGUACAAGCUGAUCGAGGCGUACCCACUCUAUUUGCAGGAGUCAUUUUUCGGGAAAGAGCUGAUGGAUGGCUCAAAGGACGCCAAGGCGCCGGAGGGAGAGGAAGACAAAGAGGAGCCGAACCCGCCCGAAGAGGAUGAAGACGACAUUGCGCCUCCGGAGGAACUCUGCACGGUCCAGCUGUCCAAGGCGGAGAAGGAGCUUGUGCGGGAGGCCCAGGAACGCGUGGAGACGGAGGAGCGCCGCUGCCAGCAGGAGCGCGACGCGGCCACCAAGGAACUGGCGUCCGGCUCGGGCGCCGGCGCCGACGCCAAGUCAGACAAGAUGAACGAGACGGACGACGACGCCGACGACGCGCUGGGCGACAUAUUCCCGGGCCUGGGCGCCGACCUGGAGGGCGACCUGGUCGACACCAUCCUCAACGACGACGGCGACGAGCUGGCCAAGCACGCCGACCUGGAGGACAUCCCCGACUCGGAGCUGGCGGCGGCCGACGCCGACAUGUCGGGCGACGAGGCCGAGGCGGCCAGCAAGGACGAGCUGUCGGAGCUGCUGGCCGGCCACUGGCCCGACAGCUUCGAGUCGAUGGUCACCGGCCUGCCCAACAUGGACGGCCAGGACGUGGAGGACCUGCUGAAGGACACGCUGGACGUGCCGGCGCCGCCGGCGCCGUUCGGGGAGUUCGGCGAGCCGUCGAGCGGCGGCGAGGCGCCGCCCGGCAGCACAGGCGAGUCGCAGACCUACAACCAGCGCAACAUGGCCAAGUGGGAACACGACGAGAGUCUGGGCGAGGCGGCCACCAUCUCGCCUGUGCUCUACGCCAACCACAAACACCCGGAGCUGCGUGCCGAAUUUCCAGCGGUCGCCGACCGAGUGCGGCAGAUCAUGAAGAUUUGGCGCGCCCUCUCGCCGGAGAGCAAGCAGCCAUACCUGCAGAAGGCGAAGGAGAACCGCUCGGCGAGCAAGGAGGCCGUCCAGCCGCGGCCCACCACGCUGCAGACCAACGAGCAGCAGUGGCGGCAGAUGCAGCGCCAGCUGGAGGAGGACCUGCCCACCUCGCUGCAGAGCCGCGUGCCGCCCCAGCUGCACGUGACCACCUCCCAGCCGUCCCAGCUGCCCCAGCAGUCACGGCAGGCUCAGCCGGCGCAGGGAGCGCAGCCAUCGCAGCCAUCGCAGCCAUCACAGCCGCCGCCAGCCACCGAGGAGAAACAGGAGGGCGACGACGACGACGAGCUGCUCGGUAUCGGAGAUGACUUCAACCUACUCAACUACGCGCAUCCGGAGCUCGGUGAGCACAAGACGGUGCUAGAGCUGGUGGGCGAGGAGUCGGAGGAGCAGGAGAGCCGCGCCGAAGCCGACGGCGCCUCAGCCGGCGCCGCCCCCGGCGCGCAGCCGCUACAGCCGCUCAGCGAUAUGGACUUUGAGAAGCUGAAGGCGGACGUGAUGGCGGCGCCGGCGGUCGGCAUGAGUCCGCCCGCGCAAGCCAGACCGAUGGUCCGAGCCGAGUACGUUGCCGGGGCGGCCCCGGCGGCGCCCCAUCCGCCCAUGGGCCAGAUGUACCAGGGCAUGCAGACCAUGGUGCGGCCCCAGAUGGGCAUGCAGCAGGUGCAGGCUGCCCACGACCCCGGCAUCCACCCAGCGCUGCUGGCUCAGCAGCGUGAGAGCACGCUGCACUCGCAACGGGCGCCGCCGGCGCUGCUGGCCAGCCCGGCGGCCGCCGCGCCGCCGCCCGUCACGCUCACCGUGAAGAACACUCUGGCGCCGCCGCUGCCGGUCGACAACCCGCAGACGCCCGAGCAGUUCAAGGCCAUGCAGGAUUACGAGCAGUGGCUGCUGCAGGAGCAGCAGGUGUACAGCAUGCAGCUGAAGACGCUGGAGGUCGAGAUCACCAAGUACCGCAAGCAGCGCCGCUCGUUCAACAGCAAGCAGCGCACGCUGCGCAAGAACAACCAGGAGCUGAGCGAGGUGGACGCGCUCGAGUUUGACCGCAUCUGCGCGGAGCAGGCGGCCAUUCAGAAGCAGAUUGAGUCGGUGCGCAAGGGCUCACGCCAACACAACGCACUGCUGCAGGAGCACCGCAACAAGAGGCCAAAGCCGCCGGCGCCGCCGGGCGCGGGCGGGGGCGCCGCCUCGCCGGGUCUGCGGCACCCGGUGUCGCCGCUGGACGGCGCCGCCGCCGCCGCCGCCGCCCAGUUCUCGCCGCACAGCAGUCCGCAGGAGCCGCGCCUGCACCCGGUGCUGAUGCAGCGCUUCCCGCCGGGGGCGCGCACGCCGAGCCCGCAGCAGAUGCGGCGGCCGUCGGGCGGCCCACUGGCCAGCCCGCACUACCCGCAGGUGAUGUCGCCGUCGCCGUUCGUCACCAGCCCGCAGCCGAGUCCGAUGAUGUCCCCGGCGCACGUGGCCAGCCCGGGCGGCGUGCACCACCCGCAGAGUCCGCACACGCCGCAGCAGACGCCCGAGAACGUGCUGCUCAAGAAGCUGCUGCAGAACGCCGGCUGCGCCACCACGCUGAGCUCCGGUGACACGGCCGUGGCCGGCCUGGUGGUGGUCACCAAGGUGGUGAUGGUGACCACCAGCGGCCUGGUGGCGUCGCGGCCGCUCUCACUCGGCAUGGUGCGCACCGUCAGCGCGCUGCCGGCGACGGCCGCCAUCUCCACCCCCGCCGCCGCCGCCGUGCGCGACGGCGCUGGCACCCCGCAGACUCCGCCCGGGGCUGAGGUCGGCGCGUCAGCCGCCGGCACUCUGCCCUGCAGCUCUGCCACAACGCCCACCAGCUCCACAACGCUGCCGCCCGACGUGCUGCAAAGGGCCCGGGAGGCUGAGGAGAUGAAGAAGCAGAAACGGCGUCAGUACCAGCAGAAGCGUCGCCAGUCGCAGGGCAAGGAGGGCGGCACGUCCAAAAAGCGGCCCAGGAAGGGGUCGAAGCUGGAGGAGGACUACGACGCGUUCCUGGAGACGCUGAUGUCGCAGCUGGCGGCGCUGCCGACGCUGUCGGUGCAGGAGCCGCCGGUGCCGGCCAGCCUGGGCGUGGUGGCGCCGCCGGGCGCCGGGCCGCAGGCGGCCAACCUGGGCCGGCCCGACUACGAGCCCCGCCUGGGCGAGCUCCGACUGCGCGACGGUGACACGCUGGAGGCGCGCCGCGGCGCCGGCGACUACUACAGUCGGCGGCCGUUCGGCGACCGGCAGCCGCUGCCCACCACGCACACGCUGGGACGCACCAUACUCGGCUUCUACGAGCAGGAGUUUGGCAGGAAGGACGACAUCAUUCCGUGCCGCCGCGGCCGGCUGGACGGCCUCUCGGGCGGCGGCAGCACGCCGGCCCGCGACGCCGACUCGCCCGACACUGUCAUCAGCUCGUCCUCGCCGGAGACCGUGGUGCCCGACUGCAGCUACAGAUACCCCGGGCUGCGGCUGAUAGAGGACGACUGGCUGGAGCCGCCGGAGCGGGCCCGCUGCGCCUCGCCUGACAUCCCGCUGAUCGCGCCCGUGCCGGUCCGGCCGCGGCCUGGCGUCACCAGCAGCCAGCUCAACGGCAUGGACAAGGAGAAUAAGGAGCUGUCGCUCAAGUCUCACCUGGGCAUCGAGUCGCCGCUGCCGCCGCGCGACUCCGGCCAGGUGACGGUGACGCUGACGCUGACCUCUGAGAAGGCGCAGGACGUGGGCGCCGUGCUGCGCAGCCUGGCCUCGCUGCUGAACAUCUCGCCGCCGUCCGGCUACCAGGUCAUCGAGCGCACCGGCACGCCGCCCAGCCAGCGACUCGGCCUGUACCGGCAGGCGCGCGGCAAGGACGGCCGCGACCAGAUCGUCGACAUCCAGACGAUCCUGAACGGCAAGGCGCGCUUCUGCCAGUACUGCGAGGUGGUCAUCCUCAGCGACAUCAUCACCAAGGCCAAGACGGAGCUGCCGUUCGUGCGCGACGCCGACCAGCUGGCGGACGAGGUGCACUUCUGCAGCCAGUCGUGCUACGGCCAGUUCACCAGCAGCCAGCUGACGCCGGCGGCGGCCGCCGAGCGGCGCGCCGCCGCCGUGGUCGACCAUACCGGCGGAGACAUGUUCACCAACGGCGCCGACCCCUUCACCAAGGAGCUGCUGAGCGUGCGCGAGCGGCAGCUGUCGCGGCACGAGUCCGGCGACUCGAGCCGCCACCUGUCGGGCGGCGCCGGCAGCGACAGGAAAGAGGAGCCCGGCAAACGCUGGAAGAACAUCCGCUACCGCACCUGGUCAGAGGCCAUCCGGCUGCCUAAGAAGUACCGUAAGCCGUCCGACAACGAGCUCACGCAGCUGCUGUUCCAGAUGGGCAUCUGCAUCAUGCCGAGCCGGAUGCCGGAGGAGGUGCGCCGCUGCCUCUUCUGCCAGCUGAUCGGCGACGCCAUGUCGGACGGACCGGCGCGCCUGCUCAACUUCGACGUCGACAAGUGGGUGCACCUCAACUGCGCCCUUUGGGCCGACGACGUGUACGAGACGGAGAGUGGCUCGCUCGUCAAUGUCGACGUGGCGCUGAAGAAGUCGCUCAACGCCGCCUGCACGCUCUGCAAGGAGACGGGCGCCUCCAUCAAGUGCUUCAAAGUGCGCUGCGACAAGACCUACCACCUCACCUGCUCUGUCAAGGACAAGUGCACGUUCUACAAGAACAAGACCGUCUUCUGCCGCGAGCACAUCCCCAAGGGCGAGAAGGACAACGAGCUGACCACGCUGGCCGUCUACCGGCGCGUCUACAUCGAGCGCGAGGAGAACAAGCAGGUGGCGGUGGUGAUGCACCAAGCCGGCUCGGACCAGUCUCACCUGUUGCGCGUGGGUACGCUGGUCUUCCUGUCGGUCGGCCAGCUGCUACCCCACCAGCUUAGCGCCUUCCACACCGGCAACUACAUCUACCCCAUCGGAUACAAGAUCAUCCGGCUGUAUUGGAGCUUCCGACGAGUCAACAAGCGGUGCCAGUACAUCUGCUCCAUCCAGGAGCGCGACGGCCUGCCCGAGUUCCAGAUCGUGGUGCGGGAGCCGCCGCUCAAGGAGAUCACAUUCACAGACGCCACCUGCCUGGGCGUCUGGAAACAGGUGCUGAAGCCGCUCAGUCGGACGCGCGAGGAGGCCGGCAUGGUGCGCCUGUUCCCGCAGUACGUGACCGGCGAGGACCUGUUCGGCCUCACCGAGCCGGGCAUCAUCAAGAUCCUGGAGUCGCUGCCGGGAAUCGACACGCUCACCGACUACCGCUUCAAGUACGGCCGGAACCCGCUGCUCGAGCUGCCGCUGGCCAUCAACCCCACCGGCUGCGCGCGCUCCGAGGCCAAGCUGCGCACGCACUUCAAGCGGCCGCACACGCAGCGGCCCAGCGGCGGCCACUCGCGCGCGCUCGCGCAUAGCAGCUACACCAGCGACAGCAGCGCGCCGUACUCCAAACAGUACGUGCACUCGCGCAGCUCCCAGUACAAGAAGAUGAAGCAGGAGUGGCGCAACAACGUCUACCUGGCGCGGUCAAAGAUCCAGGGCCUGGGUCUGUACGCGGCGCGCCCCAUCGAGAAGUUCACCAUGAUCAUCGAGUACAUCGGCGAGGUGAUUCGGAACGAGAUCGCCGAGUGCCGCGAGAAACGCUACGAGGCGGCGAACCGAGGCAUCUACAUGUUCCGCGUGGACGAGAACCACGUGGUGGACGCCACGCUGUCGGGCGGGCUGGCGCGCUACAUCAACCACUCGUGCAACCCCAACUGCAUCACAGAGAGCGUGGAGGUGGACCGCGGCCACCACAAGAUCAUCAUCUUCGCCAACCGACGCAUCCAGCGCGGCGAGGAGCUGGCGUACGACUACAAGUUCGACAUAGAGGACGACAGCAACAAGAUCCCGUGUCUCUGCGGGGCGCCUAACUGUCGCAAGUGGAUGAACUAGGGCUGCCCAGGGUCCACCGGGCGGGACUCGCCCCAGUUAGGGGCGACGGGGGCUCGCGAGGGACAGGGCGCAGCUGGGGCCGUUGUGGGGGCGACUGACGGACGUGGGAUGUUUGAGCAUCACGCCAGCUGGGGUCUCGCGUCUGUCCGCACCGCCCCCAGCAAGCGUUGCGUUAUUGUAUUGUUGCACUCUAGGUUUAGCGGCAUUGUUUGUACGACACGCCGUGUCCAGUCGUGCGUUGGCAUUAUCGUCUCGUCAUUUGCAUCAUACGUGAAUACACAUGUUGAA